AUGAAACCAACACAACCAUCCUCUCACUACUUCUUCAAUAACACUGUUUCUUUAGAAGAAGAACAACAACCUUCUACCUCGAGCCAACCGCUCUCCAAUUACUCUUUCCACAUUCAAGAAAGUUUCAAAACAUUCAAGCUCUCUAGGAAUAGCGAUGUCGACGAGAAUGAAUUACUGAAUGACACUGACCAACAACAAGAUGAACGUUCGCCCCUACAUGAUCACGAUGACUUGAGUGAUGGAAACGAAGAAAUUUCGCUCAAUAUGGUCGAUAGCGAUGACGGCUAUUUGACACCAACCGAAGAUUCUCACCGAAGACUUGCUUCCUCGCUGCGAGUGGUUCCAGAGCACGAAUGGGUCUACUCGACUCCUCAACGACCGAGAGAUGAAUUGGUGUGUCCUGGUGCUCCCAAGCGAAAAAAGCCAAAUUCAAAUCUCUACGAUGAUCAUUUGUUUGGCUCAUCAAGACAUCAUUCCUGUGCUCAUUCAUUGCCAUCUGAAUCAAUUCUCUUUGGACCAAGAGGAAUAACAAAGCCAAGAAAGCAUCGUAAGACUUCUCCGUCCUCCAAUAGUCGGAGAAGAAAUAGUUUUCCGAAUGUUCGUCUUGAUUUUGGUGAGAAUGAAACUAAUCACGACCAAGGUCAAAUGUCUUCGUUCUAA